UCCCCGCGACCGCUACAUUCUGCGCCGAAACCCUGAGUCUCUCGCGGUCCGUAUUUUAACUUCUUCCCACAGACCUAGUGGUACCUCGUUGGGUACCGGGAGACAGAUUGGAUUACUGACAUCAAGGAUUGAGUGUGAUUUUACGCGGAUGACGACUCCUUCAACGAGAAUUUAGUAAAAGAAAAUUGGUCGGAAAUUUCAGAAUAUGUCGAGGGGACCCUAAUUUCAGCAUCCUGGAAGUAGAAAGCACUGAAGAUCUGUGUCUCACACCACAGACAGGUGCAGUGUGUAGCCGGGGCAGCACAGAGAAGGCAAGCUCUGGGGAGGAGGCGGUGCGGCAGGGUGCCUCUCCGGCUGUGGAUGUGCAGGGUGGCAACCCUCAGGCUGCACAGAAUGUGGCUGGGGAGUCACCUCAGCAUGCCCCGCAGCCGGUCGCAGCUGCCCCCCGCCCAGUCCCUCCGUUCACCAAUCUGUCCACUUUGCCACUGCCAGAGAGCAACGACUCAACAUUCCUCGGCAUGGAGAGCACCCGUCAGACCAUCUUGCCGGAGACACUCCCGAUCACCAGCGUCUCCGAAGAAGUCCCAGCUGGGGAUAGUGUUGUCGGAGUUUCGAGAUCCUUGCCAACAUCCCUCAACGCGGACUGUAGUUCCUCCGCUGAGAUGCAAGGGCUUUCAGCUCCCCUUUGUCCCCCUUUCGCCCCAGAAACACAAAUUGACAGCACAGUGCAAGAGUUGCAAUACGGGUCAAAAACUGAUAAAGAGAAAAGCCACACAAAUAGUCAGACAAAUCAAGUGCAGCCGCCUAGAGAAGCUGCUGGACUUGUGCUUAUCACAGGGACAAAGGAAAAACAGUCUAUCACAUUGGAAUAUAAACCAGAGACUGGAACAAAAGUGGAACUUUGCGGAAAAGAGCACACAGGUGGAAAUAUUCUUCUCCGACCCAAAUCUCAAAUCUGUUUCCGAGCCCCAGUUCCCUCUGUCUCACAAUCAAGUGUUGUUAUUAAAGUCCAAGACACCACAGAACACAGGGCUGCUGUCCUGGACUCGGAAACAUCUACAAUCCCUUUACCCUCGUCUGGAAACGGUGAGAUUAAACAAAGUGACUUGUCGAAAACACAACCUAAAAUCACCACAGAGCUCUCAGCUGAUGCCAGAGAAAUGCAGAAAGCUAAUUCUUUGGAAUCAGUUGAGAUGUCUGAGCCUGUCAAAGAGCUUGUUGACACUUCUCACAACGAGAGACAACCUCCCUCAGCUGCAAUACUUGGGACCAACAUCCAGAGGAGCUGCGAUCCACUCGUAGGAGAGCAGGUGGAGAGUAGCAUGAAGGAAGAUCAAAUUGACACCUCCUCAUCUGACAUCACAAUGCUGCCAGAGUGCUCUUUCUCACAGGAGAGUUACUCGAAACCCUCUGCUGCACCCCCUCUGUUUGUCUCAGUGCAGACGGAGCCGGUUGUUGAAUCGGAAACAUCUCACCCCUCUGAACAAGGGACGCCACUAACUGCCGAGCUUGUGCAUUCAGCCGAGGCUCAAGAAAUCGUUGUGGUCAGGGAGGAAGCUCACAUCAGCGGGGACUGGACUGACAUGCACCUGAAUCAGAGUUACCUCCUGCAGAGAGAAGAUGGCAGUGUCUGUGAAGCUGCCAUUGUAAAGCAGCUGAGUUCUGGGGAACCAAAGCUGUAUGAAGAAAGUGUUCAAGCAGACAUCGAGAUGGACUCGCAGCCUGUGGAAGUGUAUGAGUUUUGCACCCUGGUGGAGGAGGUUGCGGAGGAAGUAUGUGCCAGCAGCAGCGCACUGGUACCCCACUCUCCAGAAUACGAGGUGAACUUAUUCAACGCGUUACUCGAACACUCUGUGGACCUUGAACCAGCAAUUCACACACUUAAUGAAAGUGAACCUGUCAUUAUUUCCCAGAAGCCUUCAGCAUCGCAUGAUGCAAAUCAGAUACAGGCAAACCUUAAUUCCCAUAAUUUGUCCAUACAAAACACUGGGGCAGCUGCUGCCGUCAGGCAGCAUUUGGUAUUAGAUGCUAACCAAGCUGUUCAAGUGACUAACUCAAGUGAGGUUAGUUUAGUUGAAGUAGCUGCUGACUCAUUCACUGUUGAACAGACAGACACUGGCCAACAAACACCUCGCUCACAGGUCAAUGAGGCAAUAUCAGACCAAACAGAGUUGGGUGAUUCUCCUGCAAUUCAAACAACUCUCCUUAAACAGGAAGCAGAAGCAACAGCUGGUGCACUGUCUUUCAUAGCCCCCUCUAUAAAUCAGACUGUAAGUGCUACAAAGGGUGAGGCCUGUGCUUCUUCACAUGAAGGGACCAAAGAAACCCCCCCUGCUUUGACUGAGACUCCAUCACAGAAAAUCCAGAAUGUUGCUGUGCCCACAGAAACCAAACCAGAGGCUUUCUGCACCACUCGCCACUCUGGUACUAUAAAUCCAAAGCUGCUCCUUCUUAAACCGGGAGAAACUCCUCUCCUGAAGCACCCACCCUCCCUUUUGGCACGGCUGUCCAAGCAACAGAAUGCGGCUGGCAAGCUGGCAGUGAAUGCCCACAGCUCUGAGGAGUGCCUUCCCCAAACUGUCUCGGACUCUUUAUGUGCGCCUGUGGCUCUUGCCGCCCAGAAAGAUCAGACGCAGUGCUCUGUCAAUACAAUUUCUGUGUCAGCAGCCCCGUCUGUCAAGGUACAGCAGCCCACUAUAGGCGGUAUCUCACUUCAACCUGUCCAGACUGCAUCUGUCACAACCUCAACAAGCAAAUCUGACAAAGAGGCCUUAAAUGUUACUGAAACUACAAGUGAAGAGUACCAAGAUGUUGUCACCCCUACUACGUCUAACGCCCUUUACAUGCUCUCAGCACCAGUGGAAAGGGAAGAUGAAGCAUCUACCAGUCUCAAUGAUCCCCCCAGCCAACAGGACUCCCUCCAUGUGGAGGAAGAGAGUGAAGACAUGGAGCCGGACGAACCAACGGACGAAACCGAGGUUCAGGAGGACGCCUCAGGGCAGGUCAGCAGCCCAGAAGAAGGCAGUGACGAAGAACCAGAAUGCGACAAAACGGAAGGCGAGAUGAACACCCCCAGCUCUCCAAACAAGGUACGCCAGUGGAUAGCAGACAGGGUCAUGGAAAAUUCAUCUCCCGUCUCACCCUCCACCUCCUCUUCUUACCCGGGUCCCUCACCCUCCAGUGAUUGGUCGAACCUACAACGGGACAAGUCUUCACCUCUCCGGGGUCCUCAUGGGAAGUUUGUGUCUCCCAUUUCUACUGGCGGCAGAUGCAGUUCCUCCCCUUCCCCACCUGAACAGGUCACUCCUCAGCGCCCCCGCGGAGAGCGUCACACAGACAUGGCAGAGCUGGCUAAACAUGUGAGUGAUCCAUAACUUGCCCUAUGACACGCUG